AUGGGUGAAUGUCACAAUAACAGCAGCUUCUCCAUGACGCAAGACCUGCCGGAGAAUUGUCCUGACUCUUUCAAUGCCAGCUACGAACUGGACUAUGGAGUUCCACGGGAGGAGAUACCCGAUACAACGCAGGGCUGUGCGUUUUUUGUGGCCACCAUUGUCAUAGCCAUGGUCCUGGUCUGUAUCAUAUUAAUCUGUGGCAUUGGCAACUGUCUGUUCAUUGCCUCUCUGGCGCGCUACAAAAAACUCCGUAACCUCACCAAUCUCCUCAUUGCUAACUUGGCCGUGUCGGAUAUUCUGGUGGCUGUAGUGUGCUGUCCGUUUCUGUUGGAUUACUAUGUGGUGAAGCAGCUGUCAUGGGACCAUGGGCUUGUCCUGUGCGCCUCAAUCAACUAUUUACGCACGGUGUCCCUGUAUGUGUCCACCAACGCGCUGCUGGCAAUCGCAGUGGACAGGUACAUGGCCAUCGUCCACCCUAUGAAGCCUCGCAUGAAGUACCAGACGGCCUACAGCCUGAUCCUGGGCGUCUGGAUCGUACCCAUCGUCAUCUCCGUCCCCUCUGCCUACUUUGCGUCCGAGACCACAUACCCGCGCAUCUCCAGUCAGAGCCACAAGACCUUCUGCGCCCAGAUCUGGCCUGUGGACCACCAGCUCUACUACCGCUCCUACUUCCUCUUCAUCUUCGCCCUGCAGUUCGCCGGGCCCGUGGCCAUCAUGGCCGUGUGCUACGCCAGGAUCUUGCGGGAGCUGUGGUUCAAGAGCGUGCCCGGCUUCCAGACAGAGCAGAUCCGGAAGCGGCUGCACAAACGGCGGAGGAUGGUGGUGGUGCUGAUUUUGGUGCUGGCUGCCUACGUGCUCUGCUGGGCACCGUACUACGGCUUCACACUGGUACGGGACUUCCACCCCAUCCUGAUCUCCAGGGACAGGAACUCCCUGGUGGCCUUUUACAUUAUCGAGUGCGUCGCCAUGAGCAACGGGGUCAUCAACACGCUGUGUUUCGUGAGCGUCCGCAACAACGCCAAGUGCAUGCGGACAGUGACCAGGCUGCGCUGGAAGUCUGUCAAAUGUGCAGCGGGAAAGACGGUGGAUGAGCACACCUCGUCUUUGCGCGUGACAGAGGAUGUUGACUGCACACGGCUGAGAUAG